AUGCCUCCUCCACGCGACGCUGAGCGCGGCGCUACACCCGACGAGCGGGCGCCCUUGCUUGCGGGUGCUACCGUGCCCGAGUACACGCGCGUACCACGGGACAGCAGCGAAGUACCGUCCGAGCCGGAACCACAGAAAGAGGUAUCACGAACAUGGCACUACGUGUGGCGGGGUUUCUUGGCGGUAUUCGCGAUUCUCGUGAUGGCCGUUUUUAUUAAAGGCUGGAUCGAUGCAGACGACGUCCAAUUUGAUCUCAAAGGCGCGUUGAAGCGCGCGCUGGGCGGUGGCCUCAGCGGCGCUGCAGCAAUGAUACUGCAAGUCCUGCUUCUGAUGCCCAUCCGGACCAUUAUGAACUACCAGUAUCGCCAUGGGACGUCGACGAGCACAGCGACAAAGACGCUGUACCGCGACGGCGGACUCGGCCGGUACUACCAGGGGCUGGGCGCGGCGCUGUUCCAAGGCCCUAUUGCGCGAUUUGGAGACACGGCUGCGAACGCGGGCAUCCUGGCGCUGCUGCAGUCGAAUGGGUUUCUCAAGCAGCUGCCGUCGCCCGUUCAGACGGUAUUUGCGUCGGCGUGCGCGGCGGCGUUUAGAAUGCUACUUACGCCGAUCGAUACUCUGAAGACUACGCUGCAGGCCCAGGGCUCUCCUGGCUGGGGCAUCCUGCGUCAACGUAUUAAAACAGAUGGUGUGGGCAGUCUUUGGUGGGGUGCAUUUGCCACUGCGGCCGCCACCUUUGUAGGACAUUAUCCCUGGUUUGCAGUCUACAACUUUCUCUCUGCAACCAUUACCGAACCAUCCAAGGAGCAGAUUGGAUGGUGGUUGCUGCGUGCGGCGAUCAUUGGCUUCUGUGCUUCGGUCGUGUCGGACACGGUGUCUAACUCUCUGCGAGUGGUUAAGACAUACCGCCAGGUCAACGACACGAGGAUCUCGUAUUCUGAGGCGGCAAGAAAGGUCAUCAGGCAGGAUGGGAGACUGGGGCUGUUUGGCAGGGGUCUCAAGACGAGGAUUAUCGCGAAUGGCUUACAGGGCAUCAUGUUUUCGAUUCUGUGGAAGUUGUUUUUGAAGAUCUGGGAGGAACGCACGUAG